CUUGACUUGACUCUAGAGGAUGGAAUAUAUACAGUAGAGACGGUUGAGAAGUUGGUGGAUAGAUUGGUGGACAGUGAAUUGGAAUCAGCUGAUAAUGUAUUGAUUGUAAAGACGCUGGCAGAUUGGUGUAGAAAGAAAGAGAAUAGAGAUGAAGUUAUAAAGUCUUCAAGGUUAUUACAGUCUAUAAUACAUUUAGUAAUGCUCACUGUUGAUACUACAGUGACACCAGCAUUGUUCAAGAUAUCUUCAACACAGACACAGGCGGUGGCAUUGUGUGAACAGAUAUGUCGUCUACUUGGCAAUCUGACAUUCGAUCAUGAAGCCAACAGAAAGAUAAUCAAUCAGCUUGAACAGAGUAGCACGCUGUUCAGUGCCGUUAAUACAUGGAUCCUGCAGACAGAGUACGCAGUACUGAAGCGCAAUGCGAUCACCGCCAUGCUCAACAUGGCCUCGGACGACGAGGACAUCCAGGACAGGUUCAUUGAGUUGGGCCUCGUGACCUACUUAUUGAGCAUCCUCACAGCGAGCAGCGGCGCCGGCGUCGACGAAGCACUAGUGGAUGUGUGUGGCAAGGCGUUGCGCACGAUGGAGGAGAACACCAAGCUCAAGACCAUAAUCACAAUCAAGGACAUCAAUCAGCUGCACACCCGUUUGAGCCAGACACUCAAGGACGAUGGCUGGAUUGGCAAUGAUCUCGCCAAGGACAUCGUAUCCCUCAUCAAUGAGAUUAGCAAAGAUAAUGAGCCAAUUAUGUUGGAGCUACUCAAAGGUGGCGUGUUGACAAAGUUGUUGGACUAUAUUGAUGAUGCAGAUGCCCAGCGUGCACAGGUCUAUGAUCAGGAUGAGGAGGAUUUGGCCGAGAUAAGUAGCGAAGACCUCUCAUUCGCACCAACUGCCGCCGAGGUAUUGGUGAAGCUGGCCGAGAAGAAUGCUCUGCGACAUUUCUUCCACGACACGACAGGCGUCGUCGAGAGAAUGUUGACCAUCGUCGGUGCCAAGACACCAACAUUCGCCGAGAACACCAAGCAAACACAGCUCAAGGUCCUUGACAUGGCCAAAGUGAAGAGGAACAUCACAAGAGCAGUGGCAUAUGUAUCAAUAGAUGACAAGAACGUUGACAUCAUACUCAAGAACAUCAAUCUCUUUGUUGAGAUCUUCAAGCAAGAGGACACUGAACAGAUCGUCAGUGCUGCAAUGAUUGUUGGAAACAUUGCCUUAUCAGACCCAAACAUCACCAAGCUACUAUCACUCAACAUUGUAGAGUUGAUGUCGGCCACGCUGAAGCUAUUCCCCAAUCAUCAACCCGUGCAACAUUUGAUUCUGUCAUCGCUGAGGAAUAUUACUUCGCCACGUGGUCCAUUCAAGGGCACAGUUGUCAAGCAGGAGCUGAUGAAUGGAGUGAUUGGCAACAUGAUCGUGGAGAAUCAGGUGAUCCAGUACGCCGCCGUAGAGCUGCUCAAGAACUUUAUACUGGGCUGCGACACCAACUACACGAACUUUAUUGAAUCUGGCGGCCUGCAGCCCCUGUGCAACCUGGCCAACGGUAUCACCAAGUCGAGCAUGGACGAGGGCGAGGACACCGAGGAGGGCAGAGCGGCCGCCAAGCACAAGGACAAGCGAGUGGCCUACGAGUCCAGUCGCAUCAUACUUCGCAUGUUGUCGACACGUGACCUGCUGCCCAGCGAGCAAAGACAGGCGGUCGUGACGGCCAGUGUGCGACCAAUGUUUGAGCUCUCCUACGCACCCUAUGCCAUCCUGAGCAGUGAGGGUGUUCGAGGAUUGAGCAUCAUAGCCAAGCUCGACGGUGGACCACAAUCAAUCAUGCAACACCCCGAUUGGUGGACAACCCUUUUGAACCUGUUACAAGCCAGCAUCGUCUCGACCAAGGAAGCAGAGCGACAAUUCAACAUAGACACACAGCAGCAUAUUCUUGAUAUCUUGACAGUGUUGACAAAGGAUGGUAAGUGUUCAGUGAGUGGAUGGUCCAUCACUCAUUCAUUCAAAUCAAUCAAUCAAUCAAUUAACUUAUAUUAUCCACCAUUAGAUAAUAGAUGCCAAGAACUUAAGGUACUUGGUGCUGUUGCUUCACUCAAGGAGUUGGCGGCAAAGAAUGAGAUCACUGCGAUCACCAAGACUGGCCUCCAGAAUAUUCUUGUACAGCUUUCG